CAGAAAACGUGACGAGGCAGAGUCUCGCGAGACUUCCACGCUCACACGCUGACAUGCGCUGUAGCAGAUGAGCGAGCGGCGAGCUGCGCACCGAGGGAGCUGUUGAUAGUAAGAGACCAGAGAGGAAGAGGAGGAGUUCCCCUUCACUUUGACCAACUUUACUUCCCCCCGGUCCUUUAACCACAGACUCUGUGUGAGUUCCUUGUCUUGACUCACCUUGUGCCCCGAGGCCGCUCCACUUUGUGACGUCAUGUCUCAGAAGUCGCAGUCGGACGGCGGUCAGAAACACUUCGCCGUGGGUCGGGGGCUCCUGGCCGCCGCAGAGACCUUGAACUUCAGCAUGAACGAGCAGCGAUCCGGCCGGCAGAUGGGGGGCAUGUCCUCGGGCGUGGGUGUGGGUGGUGGUGGCGGGGAGGGCCAGGAAGGCGGGGCUCAGAUGACCCACAGGCGCAGCGGCAAUCUUGGCAGCACCAUGAAGCUGUUUGCCAGUUUGGGGCUGUCGCCUUCCGACCUGGACGCUCUGGCCGAAAUCCCAGAGGAGGAGAUCAGUGUGGAGACUCUGCCGCGCAUCCUCAUGCAGCUCAAGAGCCGCAAGAGGGAUUCUGGAGAGCGGCGGGGAGCGGCUUCCAUGUCCUCCGACGCCAUGUACCGAGGAGGAGGCAGGGACAGCUGGGAUGACAUGCACAUGGGCAGGAUGGGAAGUCCUCUAGGUCAAGGUCCGGCCCGGGCCCAGUCCUCGUCAGACUUUGGGUACAGCUCCCUGCAGGACGUCGCUUCCGGCCGAGGCUACGGCUUAAAUUACGGCGGCGGUGGGGGUGGGAGCAGAGAGAGGCCGUAUUCAGAGCUUUCCCACCGCGAUACCUACGGUGGGCUCGGCAUGGGGCCGUCGUCGUCCGACCCCGUCUUUAUGCAGCGGAGGAUGGGCUCGCCGUCCAACGGAAAAGUCCAGGACUUCUUGGGAGUCACGCCCCACAUGUUCCCCCACGUGUGCUCUCUUUGUGACUUUGACGUUCACUCCACCAUGGAGUGGAACCAGCACGUGGACGGACUGCGACAUGCGGAGAACAGACGACAGCUGCUGGACAUGUAUCCAGACUGGGACCCCGGGAUGUCCUCUGGCCGAGGGGGAGGUUCAUUGGAGACCCCCAACCUGGCAGCUGGACUGCUGGGACCCGCCCCCAUGUCUUCAGGCCGGGCAGCCGGAGGAAUGCCCUCCAGCUGGGGUCCAGGUCCUGGUCUUUCGGGGAAGAACCAGAUGGGUCAGAACAAGAUGAGGAGCCGGGUGGUGGUGGUGAAAUACGCCCGCAAGCCGCUCAGCAACAAGACGCUUUUCGCUUACUCCGAGCCGUUCGGUGUCCUGAGGGAGCACCUGGUCCUCAACAGCAAGGCCUUCUUAGAGAUGAACAGUCACGAGGAGGCUCAGGACAUGGUCAACUACUACGAGCAGCAUCCGGCCUCUCUGUACGGCAAACCCAUCACCUUCUACCUGUCCAGGACGCUGAUUGUCAUCGAGAAGGAGAGUCAGGCGCCGUCGGACGUGCCGAUGGAGCGGCCCGUCAGGGAGGUGAAAGGUCACGGCAGUCAGGUGGUCUUCUUCUCCAACCUGCCGCGAGAGGAGGAGAAGAAAAAGGAGCUGCUGACCAUCGCCGGGCGCUUCGGUGUCGUGGAGAAACACCUUUUCCUAACCGACCAGGCAUUCGUCCAGCUAGGAACGCCGCAAGACGCCGAGAUGCUGGUGAAGUAUUACACCGUCAACCCGCUCACCGUCAAAGGAAGAUCCAUCCGCCUCAACAUCUGCACCAAGUACAAAACUCUGAAUGUGAACCGCCGACAGGGCGGGGCCACCGGAGACGGGCGGAGCCAGAGGAGUGGCGGAGCGAACGCCCCUGCGGCCGCCUCCUCCGGCUCCGGAUCCAGGACGUCCUCCAACUCCAGAGCCUCUUCGUCCAAACCCUCGUCCAUCACCAGGAGCAGAGAGGAGGAGAAGAAGAAGAGGAAGGAGGAAGAGGAGGAGGAGAAACCUGCCACAGAAGAGGAGGAAGAGGAGGAGGUGUCCGGAGUGAUGGAGGGAGAGGAGCAGGUAACCAAUGGAGAUGAGCAGGAGGCGGAGCCAGAGAAAGCGGCGUCCGAGCACGAGCCGACGGAGGAACCUUCAGGAGACAUUCAGGAGCAGCAGGUCCCUGACGCCGGAGGUGAUGUCACCGAUGACUCCCCUGAACCUGUGGGCGGGGCCGAAGGUGAGGCCAAGCAGGGGGCAGAGUCAGACAGACGAACAGAACCGACAGAACGCGAAGCUUUGACCGAGGAGAUGAAAGUAGAACUGACGGCAGAACCGACGGAGAGCUCGGAGGCCAUGGAGGAGGAGGAGACGCCCACGGACGAGCUGGACCAGGACUUCCUGGAGAACAUGGAUGACUUUGUGACGCUGGACGAAGUGGCCGAGGACGAGGACGAGGAGCUUGGAGAGGCCGGACCCAUCGACAACACGAGGAGAGGGGGGAUGCGGGUCGUGAACGUCCUGGGUUUCAGACGAGGCUACAACUUCCUCGACGAGCUGCUGGGACUUGCCAAACCUUUUGGGAAGGUGGUGAAACACCUGGUACUGGACCUGAGGCCUGAGGCCUACCUGCAGUUUGAGACGGAGGACGACGCCCGGUCCAUGGCCAAGUUCUACAACAGCAACGUGACGGCGUCGGUGUGCGGCCGACCCGUCAGGGUCAGUCACUCCAUGACCUACCCCACCAUCCAGUGUGGCUCCAGCAGGGUCGUCUACAUCGGUCAGAUUCCUAACGGCAGUUACUCGGACCAGUCCGUCCUGAAACUGGCCGAACCGUUUGGAAACAUCAAGAAGUAUUUCCUCAACAGGAACAAGAGAGAGUGUUUCAUCGAGAUGGAAAACGCUGGAGACGCAGAGAAAAUGGCCGACGUUUGCAAAGAGGAGCCACCAAAGUUCAGCGGGAAGCGUCUGACAGUCUACGUGAGCAGGAAGUACAGACAUCUGAAACACGGACAUCGUUUUCCGAUCGUCAUGAAGAGGGCGAACAGUAGCCCUGCCUCCAAACAACUGGAGGAACCUCCCACCAAGAAAUCCAGGGAGGAGCCAGACGUAGAGGAAGAGGAGGAGAAGAAGAAGAAGGAGGAGGAAGAAGAGAAAAAGGAGGAGGAAGAAGAAGAGAAGGAGGAAGUGAUGCAGAGCACGGACGUUUGUGACGAGACGAAUCCUGAAGCUUCUGAUCAGACACCAAAGACGUGUGACAACGAGGCGGAGCAGACGGAGAUGACGUCGACCAAUCAGGACGGACCCACCGAGGCCCCUCCCCCUCCGGCUGAAAACAAACCAAGGGUUGCGUCUCUGCCGCUGCCCGAGUACGACUCCAACACGCCGAUCGGUGUUGAACACGUGAAGACGGGAUUCUACUGUCGAGUCUGUUUCCUGUUCUACUCCAACGAGGACAUGGCCAAGAAGAGUCACUGCAGCAGCAGGACGCACUACGACAAGCUGCAGAAACAUCUGGAGAAGGAGCAGAGCAAAGCAGAGAAGAAGAAAGUGAAGAAGACGACGACUACGUCGUGAGAACGACACGGAGCAGCAGGAACAUUUCACCUCGGACUUUUUAGUUCGGAGUCGACACCUCAAGCCUGGCGCAGACGACAACAGGAAGCGACGACAUCGUGUCGUCUGCAUUCAACUUCAGACCAGAACCAAGUUAUUGUUUUUUAUUAUUGAUUCUUUUUGAAGAGACGUUUCCUCACUGACACACGUCGCUCUUUCAAAUGUUUAGAUGUUUAAAACGUUUGAAACGUCUUGUUUUGUCCCACGUUCAUGAAUCAGACGACACUGGUUAGCUUAGCAUAAACAUUUAAUGUUGGUGAUUAUUUUACGUUUUAUAAAAUAAACCACUUCCUUCAAAUGA